AUGCAAAUGGUUCAGCUUCACUACAUCACGGUUAAUUUCUGCAGAGAUACCAAGCCUAUGAAAGAACAGUACACAGAUUUGAGGGCUGAAAAUUCUGGGGUUUUCUCAGAGUGGGAGCAGGAACUCUCCCCACUUCAUGGUGAAAACUGGUGCGACCCUCCAGGCUAUAACAACAGGAAGCCAAGCCCUUUCAUAUUUCAGUCUGAAUUCUGUGCAGAGGAAUAUCAGAUGUGCCCCGAGGCCAAGCUCUUCCUACUAGAAGUCACCAUUCUCGGCGGCGCCUGCGGGAGGAGGGGGACCGGAAGUGGAGUGAAGCGGCCGAGCCGGGCGAGCGCGGCGGCACCCGGGAGGCGGAAGCGGCGCUGCGGCUCGAGCUCGACGUCGACGUCGGCAGCCCACCGGGUGGCCCAGGGCGCAGCACCCCGCGGGGACGCGCCGGCUCGGAAGCCGGGCAGGAUGGAGCAUCACCAGCCGGGCACCGGCCGCUACCAGGUGCUUCAUAAUGAGGAAGAUAACGCAGAAUCAUCUCCUGAAGAGCAGCCUUCAACUUCAAACCCACCACCGCAGACCGUGCAGCCUGGCCCUUCAGUUCUAGGACCUGAAACUGAGUCUUCUCCUCCACCUUACAGUAGUAUUACUGUGGAAGUACCGACAACUUCAGAUGCAGAAGUUUACAGUGAGUUUUAUCCUGUGCCACCUCCAUACAGUGUUGCUACCUCUCUUCCUACAUACGAUGAAGCUGAGAAGGCCAAAGCAGCUGCAAUCGCAGCAGCAGCAGCAGAAACAUCUCAAAGAAUUCAGGAGGAAGAGUGCACACCAAGAGAUGACUUCAGUGAUGCAGACCAGCUCAGAGUUGGCAAUGAUGGCAUUUUCAUGCUGGCCUUUUUCAUGGCAUUUAUUUUCAACUGGCUUGGAUUUUGUUUGUCCUUCUGUAUCACCAAUACCAUAGCUGGAAGGUAUGGUGCUAUUUGUGGAUUUGGACUUUCCUUGAUCAAAUGGAUCCUUAUUGUCAGAUUUUCUGAUUAUUUUACUGGAUAUUUCAAUGGACAAUAUUGGCUGUGGUGGAUAUUUCUUGUUCUUGGUUUGCUCCUUUUCUUCAGAGGAUUUGUUAAUUAUCUGAAAGUCAGAAACAUGUCUGAAAGUAUGGCAGCUACUCAUAGAACACGUUAUUUCUUCUUACUAUAGAGAUUACAUCGAUAAGACAUUCCUUUCUUACCAAUGUGAAAUUUCCAGAUCAUCUGUAAACCUACAACUUUAAUAAGAUAGAAGAUUAUGGAUAACUGAAGUUAAAUUAGUGAAUAAAAGAUAACAUCAAAAUCCAAUGCAGGGUGGUUUAUUUUUAAAAAGCAAUUUCUGUGCAUUCUUUUAAAUAUUUGUAUUUUAUUUGUUUUGCACAUUUGCAUAUGUGCCCAAUUUAAAGAUUUGCUUAUUAAACUUGAUAGAAAGCUCUAAAAUCUAGCAGUAAAAAAAGUCUAGCCGUAAAAUCCACAUUUGGUUCAUCAGUGUUUGAUAUAAUUGGAAGAGCUGAGUGAUAAAGCCUUCCAGCAUGUAAAUGCCAUUGACUGCUGACCUGUCAUUUAGUAAAAUAAAAUGAAAUUAUUAACCAUGUCAUAUGUUUUAGUUUCUGGCUCUUAGAUCAGUCUAGGUAAUAUACUUGAAACAUCCUUUGGUAUCUGUAAAAAAUUUUGCAGCCUGCAGUACUGAUUAUUAGAAAAGCUUUGUCAUAUUUUUGAACAGGAUAUUUACAUCAUUAUUUAGGAAAUCAUAUUGUGUAAAUAAUCGUGCGUAAAUUACUUUCUGCCUUUUCCUAGAAAUUGUGUCUAGAUAUCUGUUCAUUAAUUUUAAAUUAAGUGAGCUUAAUAUAUAUAGAACAUUUGGGUCUUAAAGCUAGAGUUCUUCUCAGAUAAAUUUUUUUUAAAACAAAUAGAGUAUUACACAUGUCUUUUUAAAGAAAGUUACUUUUUUUCUUUGAAGGGACAUGCCAAUUUUAGGGAUUUUCAGAGGAGUGGCUUGGUUUUAGCAUUGAUUAUUUUAAAGAAUUUUACAGGAAGAAAUUCUCUUAGUUAACUAUAUUUAUUUCAUUUUAAGACAUUUUUUGAAAUUAAUUUUCUGAAUAAGAUAUUCUCUUUUGCUUGUCUUUUAAAAAGCCAAUAAAGUAUCAGCAGCAUUGUAAUUUUUUCUUUCAUUGUUUAAUUUGUUAAACUUGGCAAAUAAAAGCUUCUGUUCAUAA